CAUUUUGUAUUACUUCAAAGUUAAAGUGUCAUUUAGAAUCAACAAAAAAUAAAUCGACUCAACAUGAAUGCAAAGAUCUUGUUUGCUUUUGUUUUAGCUGUUAACAUUUGUAUCAUCACUGCAACUGCUCAAGUGUACAGCUAUUCAGUGUCUGUUAAAACGGCCGAUAAAGAAUUCAGCAGUCAUGAUGGUAAAAUCAAAAUUUCAGUUCUCAGCUCUGAUAGCGUAAAGACUUCACAAGAAGACUUCGUAUUGACUCCAAAUGAUAUUGAAAUCAAAAAAGACGAAACUUAUAACUAUGCAAUACCACUGAUUGCUCCAUUGGAAAACAUUACAUCGGUUUACCUUCGAUGGACUCUGGCCUCACCAUACAAUCCCUACUAUGCAAUCAAAAAGCCAAAAAUAUAUUUCGACUCAGUUACUCUUGUCUCUACAUACAUUGUACCUUUCAUACAUCAGAUUGGAUCGAAAAAUCGCAAGUUUUGUCCGGAAACUAUUCCAAUCGGUAUCGAACAUGCGGAUGGAGCUACUUUCAAUCCUUGUACUUGAAGAAAGCUAUGAAAGUUUUAAAAAGAAGAUUCAAAUAUCUAUGAUUAAAUAAUAAAAGCAAAAUAAUUCUCUAUUUUA